AUGGAGUACUAUGGCAAGAGAAGCCUCCAUAGCUACUUUGAUAAAGAAAGAAGAUCAAUCCAAUCUCCUCCUCGUCUCUCCUUAAAUUCUCAUCUAAAAUUAUCCGAAAAUCAUGAAGUUGAUCAUCAUCUCUAUAGUCCUUCAAGAUCUUCAAAUGCUAGUGCAGCCACUAUGUAUUCCUUAAUGCCACCUCCUAGCCCUGAUUCUCCAUGGACACUUUCCCCUUUACAAACACCCUCACCUUCUCUCCUCUACCAUUGCAUCGCGUCUCUCCAUCGCCAUGAAGGGACCAUCUAUUCCAUCGCGGUUGCAAAAGGCAUUGUCUUCACUGGCUCAGAAAGUAGCCGGAUUCGUGCAUGGAGACAACCGGAUUGUAUAGAGAGAGGAUACCUUCAAGCAAGUUGUGGUGAUGUUAGGUCCAUUUUAGUGUAUGGUAACAUGUUGUUUACUUCACAUAAAGAUCAUAAAGUCAGGAUAUGGAAUGUGACAGUAACCGAUAAUUUUCGAGGCAAGAAAAUCACAACUUUACCUAAGUCUACUUAUUAUUCAUUUCUCAAAUUUUCUAGGUCAAGUAGAAAUAAUAAUAAUAAUAAUCAACACAAGGAUUGUAUUUCUUGCAUGGCUUAUUACCAUGCAGAAGGGCUAUUGUACACUGGAUCAUGGGAUAAAACUGUUAAAGCAUGGAGAAUCUCCGAUAAUCGAUGUGUUGAUUCAUUUUUAGCUCAUGAAGAUAAUGUGAACUCAAUUGUUGUAAAUCAAGAAGAUGGUUGUGUUUUCACAUGUUCAUCUGAUGGUUCAAUCAAAAUUUGGAGGAGAGUAUAUGGACAAAACUCUCAUACUCUAACAAUGACACUAAAAUUCCAACCAUCACCUAUCAACGCGUUAGCCCUAAGUAGCAACACAUCAAAUGCAACUUGUUUUCUCUACUCCGGAUCCUCAGAUGGAUUCAUAAACUUUUGGGAAAAGGAGAAGAGUUCGGGGAGGUUUAACCACGGAGGGUUCUUGCAAGGACAUAGGUUUUCAGUACUAUGUUUGGUAGCAAUUGAGAAAUUAAUAUUCAGUGGCUCUGAGGAUACGACGAUUAGGGUUUGGAGGAGAGAAGAAGGGAGUUGUUUUCAUGAAUGUUUAGCUGUGUUAGAUGCUCAUAGAGGGCCAGUUAAGUGUUUGGCUGCAACAUUGGAGAUUGACAAAGUUGUAAUGGGAUUUUUGGUUUAUAGUGCUAGUUUGGACCAAACUUUUAAGGUUUGGAGAAUUAAGGUUUUGCCUGAUCAUGAGGAGAAAGUGGUUAAUAUUAUUUCAUCAUCAGAGGAAAAUAUUGACCAGCUAAGUGAAAUUAAUAGAAUGAAGAUUACUACGGAAUAUGAGUUAAAUCCUGUUUUAUCUCCUUCAUGGGUCGAGAAAAAGCUACAAGGAAGUCAUCAUUUUCAUUAAGGGGUUUCAUUA